AAAAAAAUUGUUUUUAAUUUUGUGCAUUUUUAUUUUGAAACGAAAAAAACAAAACUUUUCCAUAAAUUAUUUAUUGUGUGCUGCGAUAUGAAGUGAUAUCAGUUAAUAGUAUUAAUUAUUAAAUAAUAUUAUUAUUAACAUUAAAUAAGGGAAAACAAAAAAAAAGUGAUAGAAUAUGAGUACAAACGCUAACGCAAGCAGCUCUUAUAAUCUAAAAAUUGUUUUACUUGGCGAAGGAUGCGUAGGUAAAACUUCUAUUGUCCUUCGAUAUGUCGAAGAUAAAUUUAAUAAUAAACACAUCAGUACAUUACAGGCUUCAUUUUUAACAAAGAAAAUAACUCUUGGCGAUAAACGAGUUCAAUUAAAUAUAUGGGACACUGCUGGACAAGAAAGAUUCCAUGCACUGGGUCCUAUAUAUUACCGAGCUUCAAAUGGAGCGAUAUUGGUGUACGAUAUUACGGACCAAGACUCUUUCCAAAAGGUUAAAAACUGGGUGAAGGAACUCAAGAAAAUGCUAGGUUCAGAUAUCGUUAUUACAAUUGUUGGAAAUAAAACUGACCUCGAUAAGGACAGAACAGUCAACAUCGAAGAAGCUCAAAGCUAUGCCCAAGCUGUGGGAGCUACAUUCUUUGAAACAUCAGCCAAAUUGAACGAAGGAAUUGAGGAAUUGUUUCAAGAGCUUACUACAUUGAUGAUUCAACAUUGUGAUUUAAAGGAAGCCAAAGCUUCAACAUUGAAACGGAAUAAUUCAGUUAGAAGUUCUAAUAGACUUAUUGUAGAUGAUUCUGAUGAUAAUAGUACCGAUCCCAAUUCAACAUCUGGUUCACGGUGCUGCAGUACUGGUUAAGAUAAAAUGUGAUAAUCAGCAUUUUUUUAUUUAAAAAAAAAAAACUGUUAUAUAUUGUUAAUAUGUAUUUUCUUUCAUUUCUUCAUUCUCUGUUCUAUUGCGUUAUUUUAACUUAAAAAUAAAAUAUUA